AGCAGCAAUAAAUUUCCUUUACAACUUCACCGAACGACAACAGCUGCGCGGAGCGUUUCGAGUGAGCGAACUCGGAUUUACAUACACUAGAGUUCUCAGAGCCGAAGCCGUCGUUGAUAAUUCCCAAAGAUGAUCACGCGACAACCGCAGACGGCGUCUUCCUUCUUCACAUCUCUACUCCGACCUUCGGCAUCAAUAUCACAGUCAUACAUUUGCACACCAUGCCGUCGCAAUCUACAUCGUGGCCUACCCGAGGACGGCCGCGUACCACCUCCGACACCUUUUGUUCCCGAUGUUCCUACUUUCUUCAAGUUGAUCGGCCGCGAAAUGUCCAAACAUGCCAGCAAAAUCGAGUCGUGGGAGGAACUAUUCACCGCGACAUCGCAAAAGCUAAAGGAUAAGGGCGUUGAACCACCGCGAACGCGGCGGUACCUGCUGCGGUGGCGAGAGAAGUUCCGAAAAGGCGAUUUUGGCAUUGGCGGCGAUCUACAAUAUGUGCAGGAUGGAGUUGCUGAACUGAGGCUCGUCGAGGUGCCAAGUCUGAAAAAAGACCCAGUAACAGGAGAGCCACUGUCUGGACCAGUAUCUAUCGGCAAGAGUCCUGGGAUGCAGAAACUUAUUGUCAACGUGCCAAACGGCUCGGCGACAUAUGCUCUACAAUCGGGGCAGACGAUGGCGGACCUAAAAAAGCCUACAGGGUUCAAGCUGAAGAAUGGAUAUAUCAUCACAGGGAAGCAGGCACAUCCGAUUAAAGGCACGUACGGCAGUGGAGUCACGUUGAAGGCAGUGGAGGGUCUUUGGGAGCAUAAACGAGGCCAUAAGGUCCAUGGUGGUGAGAGAAGAAGAGCUCAAACAUUGCACAAGAUGAGAGUCGAAGCAAACAAGAAAAAUGCGCGAUAGUGGAGUGUCCCGACUGAAUGCUGAGUGCACCACGCUGUUGGUCAGUUCGGUAUAUGUAUUAUAAUGCUGGCGGUGACAGGGAUGGCAUCGAACAAAGGUGUUUCUCGAAGACGUUUGGGAAUCUCCAUGCUGUGACCUUCCUGGAGAGCUGGCACACUGAGGAGAAGCAUAGCCAACACAUCAGUGUAGAAGUUGCUCUGUUGAAGCAGUUUGGCUCUUGGCUACCAGUCUUC